GAUAUAGUUGUCCGAUCCGACUACUAUUUGCGAUAGAAAUAAGACUCUUGGAAAGGUUUCAUUCCGCCAGCUUUAAAAUUGAGAGACUAGUUUGCGUAGAAAUAGACAGACAGACGGACAGACGGACGGAAAUACGGAAGGGCAGACGGACAUGGCUAGACGGACCCAAGUAAUGGUGAGCAAUAAUAUAUGUUGUAACGGCGCCUGUAGCGACUGGCGAACCUAGGUUCAGCCUAAAAGCCUACUAUAUAGGACCCGCUUAAACCAAAGCUUGACCUAGUGUGGCCACCUGUGACGGUUAUUCGAUAUUUCGAUAGUUUUGAACAGAUGAGCCCGGGUGGUCUUGGGAAAUUCUAGUGAGGCCACCUGUGUCGGAUAUUCGAUAUUUCGAUAGUUUUGAACAGCUGAGCCAGGGUUGUCUUGGAAAGUUCUAGUGUGACCACCUGUGUCGGUCGUCAUAUGAUAUAUAUUUCCGCCAAGAGCCUCGCUGGUAUCCAGCCGAUUCCGGUCAAGUUCUUCUUAUUUUAACCAGCAAGAGAAACGGACGUGCGAACAGCUCAAAAUUUAAUUUUUUCCAUUAAAAGGCUAAAAGCCCGAAAUAUAUAUUUUUUAAGUGGCAUCCAGUAUUUUUGAGUGGCAUCCAGUAUUCUAAGUGGUGUUUAGCACUCAGUGUGGCUGCCAGCUAUAAAAGCUAGCCAGCGAAUACAGCUUAAAGUAUUUUUAAUAUUCCGGGUGGAAAACCCAGCCAGUGCUGCCACAAGUUGCCGCCAAAGGCGCAUCUUAUUGAUUCGGCCUAUUUACUGGAGGAUUUACCACCUCAAGAAGGCCAAUAUCAAAUCUCGGGGCCCAAUCGUCAGGUUGGCCCGCGAGGUAUGAUUUGGAGAGAUUAGUGCCCUGAAGUACCCCUAUCUACUAUCUACCUAUCUACGGGUCAUGUAGUGCCGGCCAAGAAGAGCAGUUUAUAUAAAGAGGACCUGUCACGAUGCCCAUCAUGCCGCGCAUCCGUACACCAGCCGAGUUUUAAGGGGUGCGCGUAUCCGUCUGGGAGGUUCCGAGUGGAAUAUCGCUGCCGCAGAUUUAGGGAUUUAUACCCGUUUAUUUUGUAAAAGCGCCGCGUGUGUGUACGGCCUUAACCUAGCAUGGCACACUAGCCAACCGUGUUUAACCUUAAUGGAGAUAACUAUCUUUCAUAUUGGAUCAGUCCUAACCCUGUUAUAUAACCAUCGUACUUUGAAAAACCGAAUUUUAGAAUUAAUGUGAAAGAAAAUCAAUGAAAUCAAAGAUAUGUAAACCAUAAAGCAAACAAUAAUUUUUUCGUAAAGCCUCAAGUGGCAACGCCAUGUAAAGCGAUAGUUAUAUUUAACAAAUUAAAAGAAAUUAACAAGUCGAUCGGGUCAAAAGAGAUAAUGCACGCCGAGAAGCAUUAAUUUAAUUUAAGAAGAGCUAGUUUUUUUUUAGGUUUAAAUGAGAAAUUUGUUAUUGUAAAGUAUUCAAGGAAGUACGAUGAAUUAGGUACGGGUUACAAGUUUAGUUUAAAUCGUUCGCGCGUCUAAGAGAAAUGAGAGAAAUGUUUAUUUGCCCUUUAAAUUCUACAUGGCGAGAAAAAUCGCUACCCUUUAGAUUACAGCCAACCCAUCCCGUCCGGAGAUCGAUCUUCAACGUUAGAGGAAAUGCCGUGAGUCACACUAACUAAUCACAUAUAUAUAUAUUUUUAUUCACAUUUCUCGCCGAUCCGUAAAGUGAACGAAACUUGUUUAAACAUAAACCCCGAACUAAAAACAAUUAAUUAAUUAAAAUACCUUGAGUUAUUUUCAUUCUCUAUGAAUUAAUUUGCGAUUUUCAAAAGAAGUUGAAUAUAUCACGAUCGCCUACUAUUAAAUCUUAAAGUCUCUAAUUGCCUGAGUACAUGAAUUGAUAAAUUUAGAAAGUCCCUUGAAGAAGUUUCUAGAGAGAAAAAUAUUACAGGCAAGCUAGUUCUAUCGAAAACUAUUUCAUUAAGCUUAAAUUUAUAUUUAGUGAAAUACAUUGUUAUAUCAUGAAUAUUAUCUUCCUAUGACUUAUUGUUUUUAAAUACCCUAUGUUCUUUUUAUAAAUAUUAAAUAUGACUUGUACCGCUAUCUACGGAAAAUUGACCGAUCCACGACAAGGCCUUCCUGGCGAUCACGCGUCCUCGCUGGCCAUGUAUAUAUUCGCAGCUCAACAGUAGAUUUUUUAAAAUUGUUUAUUAUUCUUAUCUUUCUUCUGUCUUAAAUUAACAUAGCUUCCUUUUUUACGUCACCGAAGCCAUGCUUUAAGGUGGUGAUCAUCGGUUGGGAGGGCCAUACGCGACCACAAUACCAUCCGUGGAUUCGCAUAGCUAACUUUCUCCAAAACUUUUCUGUCCCUAUAAUACUUAUUCCUGAAUUUAUUUAUCGUUCUCUUCCGGGUUCAGUUUACUAUCCUCUCUUGUCGCUAGCACGCUUAUUUCUGAUCUUAGUGAUAAUAAUGUGUAGUCAGUACGCGAAUCUGUAGGCGCAAGACCUCCACCCCCAAAGCCGAAGAGCAAGUGCCGGACCCUAAUAGCGUGCCCCGCAACUGCAGAUUCCCGAUUUCAUGCAACCGUUACACGCUACAAUGUAUGUCGGAGAUGACCGAGGUGGAAGGAAGGUGGUGAUUCUUCUCAUUCUGUCAUUUCGGUUCCUAUCGGGAAAGCACAUCAAGUUGCCUAUGUGUUGUUCGUCACUCGUAAACCAGAUACAGACUGAAUCUCCAGCGCUCACACAUUCCUUCUUCUCCUUCGUUCUAUUCUUUUACAUAACUGUACUUUGCAAAACAACCACAGGGGCUAUGCUCAUUUAAGUAUUUUAACAUGACUUCGGUUACAUCAAAUUCAAAUUCAAAUCAUCUCCAACGUAUAAGAUUUUUGUUAGAUUCAAAAUAAUUAAACCGAUCCACGACAAGGCCUUCCUGGCGAUCACGCGUCCUCGCUGGCCAUGUAUAUAUUCGCAGCUCAACAGUAGAUUUUUUAAAAUUGUUUAUUAUUCUUAUCUUUCUUCUGUCUUAAAUUAACAUAGCUUCCUUUUUUACGUUUUUACUUGGUAAUAAUUAAACAUUGUAACAGGCUGGCUAUUAUAUAUUGUAACAGGCGUGCUAGCUUAUAUGCAAUACACUAGUUCUAAGUAUUAUAUUGUUAUACUCAAAGUUAUAUAAACAGGGCAGAGUAUAUGAAUCUGCUCUGGUCACACUAUUCGAUCCUCGAGAGAGGAGAGGUUCUCUCAAGAGAUCCUGAAAACGGGGGUUGAAAAGAGAGUUGCCUGCGAGCAGCGAGUUAGUUUUAACCGAGAGUGCGAAUAAAGAAGACAUAAAACGAAAAACUUAUUGUGAACUGAAUCCUGAUACAUACCAGGAAAAAAAUCUAUAAUAACUUACACUCAAAAAUUAAAAAAGUGAAAUGGAUAGGCAAAUUAGUGACUUGUCUGUGACACAACUAAAACGGUGUCUGGAAUUCCGAGAACGAGCAAGAACGAGAUGGCAAGGCAAGCAGCGGUUCGGAGAAUUCCGAGAACGGGCAAGAACGAGAUGGCAUGGCAACCAACAGUUCGGAGAAUUCCGAGAACAGGCGAGAGCGAGUUGGCGACCGAAGCAGCGGUUCUACAAACAUUGUACAAGGAAAUUUCGAGAACUUGCCACAACUUGGCUGCGCAGAUUACGGUGGAAACAAUGGCAGAGAUGCUCAUCGAACUUCUGACGAAAUCGUGACACAGCGCCCCGUGGGAAGGGCUGAGUUUUCGUCAGCUGGAUUUAAUCUAGCCAGCGAAAAAUUGGGAUGGACUUGCCGAGAAGAUUCCUGUACGAUCCUGGAUCUCCUAAUGGGACAACAUAUCCACGUUGUAUGACCUAUCGGACACCCAGCGAAGAGAGUUGCUGAUCAGCAAACUAAAAGGCAGCGCGUCUGUGGCAACCGAAUGAAAAAUUCGCGAUGUACUUUGAAGAGAAGAGCAGGCUGGCCCGAGAUGUCAACAUGGAGGAGGACGAGCUACUGGAUGGACUAAUUGUUGGCAUACCGACGAUUAAUUUACGCACGCAGGCCAAGUUACAGUGCUUUGAGAAACCUGGAAGGAUGCUUACAGCUUUCGCUGACAUAAUGCUGCCAACAAGGGCUGCUGGGAGCAACAAGAUGCAGUCUUCCAAAAACCGAUCCGGCGAGGAGACGCGUUGCUACAACUGCAACGGAAAUGGGCAUUGGGCUAGAGAGUGCGCCAAACCGAAGAGAACACCAGGGACGUGCUACGGAUGUGGAGCUACCGAUGAUUUCAUCAACGGAUGUCCUCAAAAUAAGAAGCAGGAUGUCAAUAACUAUAAUGCCUAAUGGAUUCAGGAAGUCCAGUAUCGCUAAUCAAACAUUCGGUUGUGCCGAGAAAUAUUAAAUUAGAAGCACAUAAUUAGACUUUCUUCGGAUUAAACAAAAGCUUUUUGAAAA